AAUGGCUAGCUCCCCAAAACACCUCUUGACUCGUUUUUUGUUUUUUGUUUUUCGUAGUUUGUUGUCGUUUUCGAGUUAUUUCUUUCUUUGUUUUUAUUCCGAAUUCGAACCCAGAGACGCCGCUGGGCAAAAAGAGCUGCUCAGUGAGCUUUUGGCGUUCGCGGUGAGCGGAUCGCUUGAAUACUUCAGCGGAAUUCAAUUGUUUACCAACAUCAAGUGACUGCAAAAUAGAUAGAAAAAUUAAAUUUUAAUAAAUAAAAAUAAAAUAGAAACCGCGAAAGCCAUUCUUCAAAGGGAAUUAAAACCGAAGAUGCUAAAACUUGCAGAAGACCUGAGAACACAUACCUAAACAAAAGAUACAAAACCGGCACAAAGUGGAGUGAAACUGCAACAUGGAAACCACAGGCAAUAACAACAAUAAUAACAAUGGGUACAUGAAUCAGGCGUUUGUGGGCUCACUGAAUGCCUCAACCAUAUCGAUACCAGGGGCAUACAAGCCGAAUGAUCCAGUGAAUGGGAAAAAAACAAAUCCGAUUGAAACUGCAGGAUCGGGAGAUCCUGGAGAUGACCAACCGGGAGUGGAGACGGGUCAGCAGGGAAAACAGCGAGCCAGCUGGAACAAUGACAUCGAAUUCCUCAUGUCCUGCAUCGCAUUGAGUGUGGGUCUCGGCAACGUCUGGAGAUUUCCCUUCACCGCCUUGGAGAAUGGUGGAGGAGCCUUCGUCAUACCCUACCUAAUCGUCCUGGUCCUGGUGGGCAAACCCGUGUACUACUUGGAAAUGCUGCUCGGCCAGUUCUCCAGUCGCGGCAGUGUGAAGGUCUACGACUUCUCGCCCAUCAUGAGAGGCAUUGGCUAUGGCCAGGUGUUGGCCACGGGCAUCGUGACCACCUACUACGCCACGUUAAUGGCCCUAACCCUGCGCUACUUCGUGGACUCCUUCUACCCGACGUUGCCGUGGAGCUACUGCCGUGCGGAGUGGGGACCUGAGUGCCUGGACUCGGCUUCGCAGGAAACCAGUCCAGCCAACAGCAGUCUGGUCAACUCGGGAGUGCGCACCACCUCGGCGGAGUUCUACUUCACGAACAUCAUUCUGCGGGAGAAGGCCAGCAUCGAUGACGGCAUCGGGUAUCCCAGCUGGAGUCUCGCCUUGGCACUGGCCGUGGCGUGGGUCAUCAUAGCGGGAAUCAUGUUCAAGGGGGUGAAGAGUUCCGGCAAGGCCUCCUACUUCCUGGCCCUCUUCCCGUACGCCGUGAUGUUCGUCCUGCUGGUGAGGGCACUCAGUUUGCCCGGCGCCUUCGACGGAGUCCUCUACUUCCUGCGCCCCCAGUGGCACAAGCUCCUGGAGCCGCAAGUCUGGUACGCCGCCGUCACCCAGGUGUUCUUCUCGCUGGCCAUCUGCUUCGGGAACAUCAUCAUGUACGCCUCCUACAAUCGCUUUGGUCACAACAUUUACAGGGAUGCCAACAUAGUGACCACACUGGACACCUUCACUUCCCUCCUAUCCGGUGUGAUUAUCUUCGGGAUUCUGGGCAACCUGGCGCAUGAGAACAACACCAGUGACAUAGCCAGUGUGGUGAAUGGCGGGCCGGGAUUGGCCUUCAUCUCGUAUCCGGAUGCCAUUGCCAAGUUCAAGUUCCUGCCGCAGCUCUUCUCCGUGCUCUUCUUCCUCAUGCUCUUCGUCCUGGGCAUUGGCAGCAAUGUGGGCAUGGCCUCCUGCCUGUCCACCGUGAUCAAGGAUCAGUUCGGGCACCUCCGCAACUGGACGAUAGUGGUGGGCAUAGCCAUUGUGGGGUAUCUCCUAGGACUACUGUACAUCACUCCCGGUGGACAGUUCGUGCUCAACCUGCUGGACUUCUUUGGGGCCACCUUUGUGGCCCUGGUUUUGGCCAUCUUCGAGCUGGUGACCAUCGCCUGGAUUUACGGGGUGAAGAGGCUCUGCCGGGACGUGGAGUUCAUGAUUGGGAUCAAGACUUCGCUGUAUUACCGCAUCUGCUGGGCGGUCAUCACGCCGCUGAUGAUGCUCACAAUUCUCAUCUACACUUUGGUGCUGUACGAGCCCCUCAAGUACAAGGACUACACCUACCAGACGGGUGUAUACGUGUUCGGUUGGUGCCUGAGUGCCUUCGGCGUGGGCCAGGUGCUCUUCUGGGCCAUUCCCGCCGUGCAAGAGCAACCCGCGCACUUGGGUCUCUGGGCCCGCAUCCGGAAAGCCUUUGAGCCACUGCCCAACUGGGGACCCGCCGACCCACAGACCCUCAAGCGGUACCAACUGUACGUGCAGGAGGCCAACGAAAAAGAAAUGUUCCAGCGCAGCAGUAUCUGGCACAAAAUCUAUGACAAUAUCUUCGGUUAGCAUUGAAUUAGCAAUAAAACUAUAUACCAUUUAAUGCCCUAA